AGUACCUUAUUGCUUUUAUAAUACGGUUGCCAGCGACAUUAUGAAUAAUAAGUAAAUAGUAAGCUGCAUUUCAGCACAAAAUAGUUGUAGCCACCAAACGUUGUGUAUCGCAUAUCAGUAGCCUAGAGAAAAUAGUCCUUGUAUGUGUGGCUGUUGCUAUGCAACAGACAAACAGCAUUGGGAACAGCACGUUUGUUAGCCUAGCACCAAAAGUUUGUUGAUGAUUAGCUAGGAGAUCGACAUUAAUUUGUGCGUCGUCUGAAAACAUACCAGGUCUCCUUGCUAGACCAUCUCACCAUCUCAUUCAUUCACGAAACAUGUUUGGUAACGGUCAAACUUGAAAUGACAACUAACGGUCGCGCAAAAUCUACCGUUAUUUUGAGUGUGCACUGAUAUGGAACGCUCAGGUAAAUGUAAACAGGUGUACAGUACAUUAUGGCUCAAUACAGUACACCCCGGCCGUGACUCACUCUCAACCAAUCAGAAUGCUUGAUUUCAUCUACCCGUAUUAUAAUAUUAAAUAUUAGUAUAAAUAUUAGCAACUUUCACCAUCUAGUAAGUUUAUAAAUAUUUAAUGUCACAUGCUACCGUGAUAGAUUGAUUGAUUGAUUGAUGGACAGUCCUAAUUACAGUGAUAGUUUCAGAAAAAAAGUUCGACCUUCUAUAGCUUAGGGCAGGCCUACAUUAAAGUAAUUAAAUGUAAAAAAAAAAAAAAAACUCUACCGUCGGCAAAUGGGUGAACAGUGUCGGUCUGGGUCUGGGUCUGGGUCUGAGUGAGAGAGAAGGAAGAGCCUGGGUCAGUGGACAUCGACUGUGUUCACGGUCAGCGGAGAGGAGACGUAACAGACGGGGAUGGAACAGCCAUCUUCUGUUAGGUUGGACUGUAUGAAAUAUAACAUUUAGACAUCCUGCCAUUCUGCCAACUAAUACACAGGUCAAAACUAAUCAGGUAGUGUUUGAGGUCUAAUCACUAACCUGAUACACAUGUGAAAACUAUUAAGGUAGUGCAAUCACUUUUAUAGCUGGAACAAAAGUAGCCUACUCCUUGUGUUUCUGAGCUAAUUGUGGAAAAUAUGAACUAUUUAUAGAUAUUAUUAACCAUCACUGUUUUGGUAGAGAAGCAAAAGAAGAUUCAAAUUAAGACUCACAUGCUUUUAGUUAUUAACACUGCAAAAAAACACUGCACACUGCCAGAUUUUGCAUGAACAAUUUUUGUUCCAUUGCCUGAGUCACCUUCCGUAACUAACAGACAGAUACAGCUACCACAGACCUGAGAGUAUGAAGGAUGUUCACAGUUUAAUAACUGCUUGAGAGACAGGCGGCGUGAGGCAACGCAACACCUUCAUUGCCUCUCAUUCUUUGAUGUCAGUUUAGCGCGUCUCAAGCUUAACGUGAGCAACAGCAUCUUCCACUAUCACAGCUCUCGACAGGAAGACGAGAAAGGAACAUGGGGGUGAAAGAUGAUCACUAUUUCCUCCAUCUAUAUACUUCACCCAGCCAGUACACUGACAGGAGUAGGCUUACAGCAUGUGCUCAAAACCCCUCUCUGUUGAGAACUGGAUAUAACCUGCCGAACAAGUCAUGGUUUUUAAAGGCAUGAACGUAUUUUUGGCCCAAUUUCUCCUAACAGCUGUGCAGUGUCAAUGGAGUGUGACGUACUCCUCUAUGAGGGCAUGUGGCCUUAAAGGGGCAUCAGUGGUCCUGCCCUGCACAUAUGACUACCCUUGGAAAAGUCGUGGAGACACAUAUCAGGGAGGAGAGUGGUAUAAAGAUCAGAGUGGGAUAGUCAGAGAACACAGCAAAUCUGAUUAUCCUGACUGUAGCCUGAAAAUAGACAAACUUUCAGAAGAUCACUUUGGUGUUUAUCACUUUCGGUUUUACACAGCUCUUCAUGUGAGUUGGAUAACAAACAAGACUGGACAAGUUGCACUUUCAAUCACAGACCUGCGGGUGAAGGAGUGUGCUGUUGUAGAGAAACAAAAUCAGACUGAACUGACCUGCAGCACCUCCUGCAGCUUGGGCUCUAACACUCAGUAUGUCUGGUACAAGAAUGGACAGCCUCUACAAGAAAUGACCACAGCCUACAUGUUACUGUACUCAACCAGACCAUCAGAAGAGGGAAACUACUCCUGUGCCGUGAGAGGUUACGAGGCUCGCCGUUCCCCUGUUGUGUGUGCUCCAAGAAAACAGUGUUGGGGUGUGACCUACUCAUCUAACAGCAUCUGUGCAUUAAUGGGGUCAUCAGUGGAUAUUUCCUGCACUUACAAAUAUCCCAGAGAUCACCGCGUCAGCAAAACCUUCUGGUUUAACAAGCGGAAAUCAAGACGUCUCUGGGUAGAUCUAAGUUUGGAUAAAGACUAUCAAAACCACACAGAGUAUGUUGGGAAUAAAGAGAAUAGUUGUACCCUGAGACUGAAAGACAUGAGAGAGAGUCACUCUGGAGAAUAUGCCUUCAGGUUUACAACACAACAGGGUGACACUUACUCUGGAUUACCUGGAGUCAACAUCUCUGUUACAGCUCUGCAGGUGGUAGUGACUCCAGCUGUAAUCACAGAGGGAGAGAGAGUGACACUGACCUGCAGCACCUCCUGCACUCUGAGUGACAAGCCCACAUUCAUCUGGUACAAGAACUCUGUGAUCUACAAACACGCAAACACAUCUGGCAAGAACCUUUACUUCAACCCAGUACGAGGCCAUGACUCAAGCAAUUACUCCUGCGCUGUUAAAGGACACAAGAGUCUCUCCUCCACUGCUGUGUUUCUCAACGUCAGGUAUUUACCAAAGAGUGUGUCAGCGUCAUUGAGUCCUUUUGGUGAAAUAGUGGAGGGCAGUUCUGUGACUCUGACCUGCAGCAGUGAUGCCAACCCACCAGUGCACAACUACACCUGGCAUUUCAGUACUACAACACUAUCUAUGGUCAAAGGCACAGGGGAGAGUCUCAGCUUCAACGUGACCCCUGUUUACAGUGGACUUUACCACUGUGAGGCAAGGAAUGAAAUAGGCUCCCAGAACUCCAAUCAAGUUUCAGUUUUUUUUGAAGUGGAACACGCGGUUGCCUUGACUGUGAAAGCUGGAAUAAUCCUCUUCAUGAUUCUUGCCAUGUUGGCUCUCGGGAUUGUGUGUGCAAGGACGUGGAAAGCUAAAUCAACUGCAGGUGCACAGGUGGAUAACACACAGAGUGACCUCAGCGCUGUGUACAGCAGCAUCUCAGCGAGGCCUACGACCUCUGGCCUUACACAGAGAGCAGAGUCUCAUGAUCAGGGUGACGUCCAGUACGCCAGCGUUCAUUUCCGUUGCGCUUACCGACAGGAAGGCCAGAAGCCUGAAGCGUCUGCCACAGGGCCUGAAGAGGACUGCAUCGUGUACAGUAACGUGAGAAACCGCUCACAGCUCUGAGAAACAGGAGACCGUGCACCGUCCUCCUCGACUGACCAUGAGGAAGAACACAUGUGCAAUCCUUGCUGCUGUACUGCUUUAUGCUGUUGAAUAAGUCCUAGUGUCAUCAUACUGUUUUAAAUGGAAUAGUUGAUAGCAGGUUAAAUAUAAAUGUGAUGUGACACUACCCAGUAUAGUUCAUUAGCACAUUAGCGCAGGUUUUCCAUCCAUACAUAAAAUGAAAUUAGACAAGAUGCCAAAUAUACCUAAUCUUGGUUAUAAUUUUCAGUUUAUUAGAAGUAUAUGUUGCAUCAUUUUUUUUUAUAUUUAUAUUCCAUAUAUAUGUUUAUGCACCAUAUUAAUAUAAUUCCUAUGUUUCAUUUAUAUUGUAAAAUAUAACUAUCAAAGUUGUAAUUAACAAAGAAUAAAACCAACAUCACUUUGGAUAAAAGUGUCUGCUAGUCCUCUGCAUUUAAUUAAAGUUCCCAUUGUGUGCUUUCAAAAACACUGAUAUUUGGCUUACUAGUUUUGGAAGAGAUCUCCGUAUUGCUGCUUUAAGCAUUUCUUUCAGUGGCACAGAAAUGACCGUCAUUGUUAGCGAUCGGUCAUCUGAAUAACAAGUUGGUUGAGGGUUUUAUGACUCAAACGUGCAAUUCACCCAUUCUGUGCCAUUUAGUGUUACAGAUUUCAGUGUAACACGAGCACACGGGCCUACAACUACAAAUAAACAAUUACAGCAAUUGGACGCCUCAAGGUUGUGUACAUUUAUUUCAAUGAGUCAAAAUUCACAUUUACUACGUCACAAAAUGGGGUAACACCAUAAAACCACUUAUUAAAAAAAAUUUAAUAAAAAAA